UUCUUAAUUUUAAUUUGUAAAAUACUCUAAUAUCAUUAUUUUUAAGUUUAUAUAAAUCUUCUACUAAAAUAAUCUUGGAUUCCACCGUAAAAUAUCAACAAACGCAGUUUUCCCUCUGGGUUUUCAAUAUUAUUUUAAAAUAACAAUUCAGUAAAGAAAAUAUCCAAAUUUGCCAUUGAAUGUUUUCUUAAAAGGAUACAAACGAAGUUUUAAAUAAAGAUAUUAACGUAGCUGUUCAAAUAUAAAUUAAAUAAGUUUUCAGAAUUAAAAAAUAUAAAAAGAAUUACAAAAAUAUAAAAACACAUUUUAAUAAUUUUUAAAUAACAUUAAACAAAAAUAAAAACAAAAUCAAUAGCAUCGUAAAAUAUUUCAAAAAACCUGUGAAAAAAUGACAUUUCUGUUUCGAUUUCGACAUCCCAUAGAGGAGUUCGUCAGAAACGAGGAAGCUCAGAAUGCGAAAACACAAUGCAAGGUGUACGGAACGAACAGGUACUACUUUUUGUUCUUAACAAUGCUUUCGCUGCUUCUGUUUGGAAGGUUCAUGUGGGCGUUUCCGUCCUUCUUUGACAUGUUCGUGAAGAGCGGAGCAUAUGUAUGGUUAUGUAGCGAUCAAGAAGUUGCCAAAUCGUUAACAGAAAAGGUAGUAAAAGCAGCGUGCGAACAACAAACGAUGGCAAUCAACAACGUUUUUUCGUACUUAAUGGCGUCGACAUUUUUUGGAUCAAUAUUCGCAGGCUCGUGUAACAUAGUUAUUGGAGCUAAAUUGACGGCGAUGAUAGGAACAGCAACAAUGUUUAUUGGAAUGUUAUUCAUCAGCUUCUCAAGCGAAAGCUUCAAGUUCUAUGUACCAGGAUCAAUUUUCAUUGGGUUCGGUUUGGAUUUCUUAGUGCUGCCGUGCUUUAACGCAACAUUGCUGUUCCCAAAUCAUGAACUGCUAAUCACCUCACUGUUGGGAGCGUCGAUGUCAGUGGGUAUGUUCAUUCCGAUUCUUAUGAAGCUCGUCAUGUUCAAAACCAAUAUAUCAAUGGCUGUAAAUAUGAUCCCGCUACCAAUAAUGUGUAUGGGUAUUUUCAUAGUAGCAUGCCUCUUCUUUCCGCCGAAAAGGUUUUACAAGCAGUGUGAAAUAGACGAAGCAUUAAGCGCAACAAGCAUCGAAUCACUCAGUGGCGAAAACAAGAAACAGGAAAAAAGAAAGAAAUCCAAGAAGGAGAUCAUUUUGUCAUUAUUCGAUAUUGAGGUAGAUAAAGUUGGCGUUUUGAAGAAAUCGGUUUUCUCACUCCACUUUCUCAUGGUUAACAUCAUCUUCAUAAUAGUAAUGAUAACGGCGUCAUUUUACAUGACAAUCUCAAACAGAAUGAUGACUGAAGAGCAAAGGAAUUAUCUGGCAAUUGGAAUGGGCGCAUCAGUCAUAGUAUGCUUGGCUUUAGCAUCAUUCCUGGACCGAAUGGGAUCAAUGUACAUCAUGUGGUUCGAAACCCUUUUCCUUCUAUUGUCCUAUAUGACGAUAGCAUUUGGCCACAAAUGUACGACAAUCAUUUCAAUUAUUCUCUAUUCAAUUUUCACGUCACAUUUGAACGGACAGGUAUGGCUCUUCGUCGUGGAGACAUUCGACUCCUCAAUUAGCACACUUCUCAUGGGACUACUCAACUUGCUAGCGGGAAUAGUCAUGAUCACUGCUCCGAAGAUUUACGACAGCCUUCUCUCAAAAGGUUACAGUAUGGAUGGCAUUAUGAUAUUCAUGAUAGGUUUGGUGGCAGUUAAAACAGGUGUUCUUGUGUUUUUACACCUAUGCAAGUUGAAAUGGAAUAAGAUAGAAUAAUUUUUUAGAUGUUG